AUGGGUGUCACAGUGCUCUGUGCUGCGUUCUCCGUAUUACUCCACGGUGUCUCUUCCAUGUCCAGUUGUUUGGACGGAGCAAGUCUUCAUAUCGAUAUCGACAUGUUCUUGGCUUCGUUAUCCGUGCUCGUCUACUUUGUCGAUUUCCACUACCUGAAGAACACGGAGGAAAUCACAAAAAUAAGCAAGUUGACCACCGUACGAUCUUGGAUCGGCAAGGUUGUUCUCGAAGGUAGGCGCAAAGUUUUGCGUUCAGUCUCCGCCGAGGAACCUGCAUCGCGUAAGCAAUUCGGUACUGUUGACGACGGCCACGAUGGUUCAGGGGAUCCGCUUGGACACAAACGUCACCGAUCGAGGUCCGACAUGCACACGAUCGAGCGCGCACGGAGAGAGAGUGUGAGCCACACUCUCCCGAGCAUGCUGAAAGUGAUGCAUGCCGCCAUCAGACUGGGACACGGAGAAGCAGCCGUGACGUUGUUCGAUCAGAUGCUGGAGAAGGGGGCCGUUCCUGGUGCACACCUUAUCCACAAGGCCGUGUCAAACCGUUUCUUCCAGCUCGUCGCUGGCACUCUCGACGACAAGCGCGUGCAAAUAGACGGAUUGCGGCUUCUUGAUUUAGUCAGAGUUCAUGGGAUUCACGCGUCGGUUGAGAUUCAGAACCGUUUGCUGGCUGCAUGGAGGGACCGUCAGCUUCCAGAGAGUGUCGUUGAGUAUUUCGUAAAGAUGAAGAGCGCGGGUACCACCCUCAGCAAAUGGGCAUGUCGUUCCAUUAUCGUGGCCUACGAGCGUUCAGAUCCAGAAUUAGUUUUGAAGAUGUGCAAUGAAAUGGAGGGAUCAGGUAUUCAGCUCUAG